AAAUGAACACAAAUCUGCUCAAAAACGUUCUUAAAUGCUCGAAAAAUGCAAAAAUAGGCGGGUCGUACAUGAUUUAAUAAAUCUAAUAAGCGUCAUGGCUUGGGGUUAUUGGAGCGCCACAACGGUGUCGGACCGCGGCCGCAGCCCCCGAAGGAACCAAAAUGGUAGUGUCAACAACCACCACCAACAAACAAUGCCCGUCACAAUCGAAGAUCGUCCCUCAGUGUCACAAACCUAUGCUGGGGCUCCUGUCAAUUCUAAUAAUAAUACGACAACGACAUCGUCUAGUGGCCAGAUUCAGGGCGAGUUUGAGGAAGUGGGGGCUUUCUCGAGACGGCCCUCGUUGGAUUUAUCGUUGGUUGGGCCCCAAGGGGCCCUAGCGGGGAUUUUGUGUGCUGCACAUAGUAGUAAACAGGGAGGGACGUUGUCAGCGGGCAAUACAUUGACUAGAGUUGGGAGUAAACAUACGGCAGUGGAGUAUGCAGUACCACAUCAUCUCUACCAUCACCAUCCGACUUAUAUAGAGUACCAUCACAAGCAAUUGUCGUUUUCGGAUGAUGAUAGCAGCUCGGAGCCGGGAUAUGCCACAGUUUUUCCGAAUGUGCCGCCACAACCCGGAAUGCCCUGUCAGGGGGAGGACAGGAGUAUUUACAGGAGAGGUGCUCGUCGCUGGAGGAAACUUUAUCGUGUCAAUGGACACAUUUUCCAAGCCAAACGUUUCAAUCGAAGAGCCUUUUGUGCAUUUUGCAAUGACAGAAUUUGGGGUUUGGGUCGACAAGGUUUCAAGUGUAUUCAAUGCAAACUCCUUGUCCACAAAAAAUGCCACAAACUAGUACAAAUUCCCUGUACAGUCGACUUAGUUGAACCCUCGAUCAGAGAAGAACACAAUGGUGAAUCGCCUUUAGUAACACAAACCUCCAAUAGUGAAAUUAUAUCGGAAAUUCGCGACAGGGAAUACCCUGAACCGCCCCCAGAUGUAACAGGUGAGUCGGUGGCGGUGGAGGACCCCAACCGGCAGUCGGAUGACCUGGAGGUGGGUUCACAGCGUCAAUACUCUUUGAACGACUUCGAAUUGAUUCGUGUGAUUGGUCGAGGUUCGUACGCCAAAGUUUUGAUGGUCGAAUUGAAGAAAACCAAACGCAUUUACGCAAUGAAAGUGAUUAAGAAGGCUCUAGUGACCGACGAUGAAGAUAUUGAUUGGGUGCAAACUGAAAAACACGUGUUCGAAACGGCCUCAAAUCAUCCGUUUUUAGUCGGAUUGCAUUCCUGUUUCCAAACACCGUCUCGGUUGUUUUUCGUUAUUGAAUUUGUCCGUGGGGGCGAUUUGAUGUUUCAUAUGCAAAGACAGAGACGUUUACCCGAGGAGCAUGCUCGGUUUUAUGCCGCCGAGAUAUCAUUAGCGUUGAAUUUUUUGCAUUGUAAAGGGAUUAUUUAUCGCGAUUUGAAAUUAGAUAAUGUGUUGUUGGAUCAUGAAGGACACAUUAAAUUGACUGAUUAUGGAAUGUGUAAAGAGGGGAUUAGGCCUGGUGAUACCACUUCGACAUUUUGUGGAACACCGAAUUAUAUAGCCCCUGAGAUUUUAAGAGGGGAGGAUUAUGGAUUCUCAGUCGAUUGGUGGGCUUUAGGGGUGUUAUUGUAUGAAAUGUUGGCGGGAAGAUCACCGUUUGAUAUUGCGGGAGCGUCAGAAAAUCCCGAUCAAAAUACAGAAGAUUACCUGUUUCAAGUUAUUUUGGAAAAAACCAUUCGUAUUCCGAGAUCAUUGAGUGUCAAAGCGGCCAAUGUACUUAAAGGCUUCCUCAAUAAAAAUCCAGCAGAUAGAUUGGGGUGCACCAGUCAUGACUCCUUUGUUGAAAUCACCGGUCAUCCGUUUUUCAAGAGCAUCGAUUGGGACAUGCUGGAACAAAAACAGAUCACUCCCCCAUACCGCCCCCGACUCGAUUCCGACCGCGACUUGGCCAAUUUCCCUCCAGAAUUCACCGACGAGCCCGUACAUCUCACCCCCGACGAUGCGCAUGUGAUCGAGAAGAUCGACCAAUCCGAGUUCGAGGGUUUUGAAUAUGUGAAUCCUCUGUUGAUGUCAUUGGAGGAUUGCGUGUGACAUAACGUCAGUUGUGCUUUACAUCCUAAUAAUUUACCUCCUCCUCCACUCCCCCGUCAUCCUCCGCCUAUGUUUCCGCCGCCACCGCCCCCUCCCGAUAUCGACGAUUUCGAUGAUGCUAGGUUUUUGCAAGUCGACAUGAGGCCAAGUAAGUCGAUCUUGCAAAAUAUUUUCUGCCUUCCUCUCAAUUGAAAAUUGCACUUUUGCUAUUAUCAUUCGUUGGUUCUUCCAUUAAUGAGAGUUUCUGUUAACUAGCACAGAACGCAGUAGGUGUUGACGCCUAUAAAUAAAUCAAUAUUGUUGCAAAUAUUAAAACAAUACUAGAAAAAUUGCCAACGAAGCUUUAUAAUAAUAACCAUAGGGAAAUUUUCUGCACUCUGACUUGAUAGUUGUAAAUACAUUAAAAAAAUUGAUGGGAGAAUAGGUACGUUGGAAUUGAUUGUUUUUGUUCGAUUUAUUAUUGUUAAUGUUUCGAAAGUUUUUUUAAUGUUUUUAUCUUCUGAUGUUCUUGAUUCCGUUGACUCUUGCACAUUCCUCUAUCGUAUUAUUGAAUUUAGUAUUAAAGAAUUGAAACAAAUCAUUGACUGAUGUCGUCACAGCAAAACAUUCGUGAUUGUUACUAGAAUUUUGUAUAAUAUAUACAGAUUGAGAAUGACUAUAUAAACAUUUAGAGUAGCUACAAAGAAUAUAUCUCGCUUUACAAUUUAUUAUAGUCAUUGGUAUUCCUUCCAUUCGUUAUUUUUAAGGAGACAGUGUUAAGUAUUAAUUUAUAUCAGAUUUGAGUAUUAUUUUCUACAUUCCGCAAUACUUCGGGAACUAUACAAACAAUUAUAUGUUAGCCUUAUGUUCUCUAGGUUCCGUAUCAAUAUUUGUAUGAUUUAAUAAAGAACUAAACAAGAAAAA